AUGAAAUUAUCGUUGAUAUUAUUAUCUAUAUUUUUAUUUUUUUCCAUUCCAUUAACCUUUGCUGAUCAAAUAGACUAUUAUGAAGUCUUGGGAAUAUCUAAAACAGCAUCAGAUAAAGAUAUAAAGUCUGCAUACAGAAAAUUAUCCAAACAAUAUCAUCCAGACAAGAACUCGGGUGAUGAAGAGGCACAUCAUAAAUUUAUUGAAAUAGGUGAAGCAUAUGAAAUCUUAAUUGAUUCAGAGAAAAGACAAUUAUAUGAUCAAUACGGUUCCGACGCCUUGAAAAACGGCGGUGGGCCAAGUAAUGCCAAUCCAUUUGGUCGUGUCAGACGUGGUCAAGAUAGUGCGGUUGAUCUUGACUUGACUUUGAAACAAUACUACAACGGUGACUCUCUUACAGUUCCAUUAGAUCUAAGAGAUAUAUGUGACUUAUGUCAUGGUCAAGGUGGUGAAAGAGAACAUUGUUCUACUUGUCAAGGUAGAGGCGUAAUCACUCAAAUCUUCCAGCAAGGUCCGUUCAGACAACAAAUACAGACUACGUGCCCAUCAUGCCAUGGUCAAGGAUCUCAAUUAAAAAAGAAGUGUAAAAAAUGUCAAGGAGAACAAGUUAUUGUUAAAAAUAAGUCGUUCAAUAUAGAAAUACCAGCUGGUGUGCCACGUGAUUAUAAAUAUGUUGUACGUGGAAAGGCGGAAAGAAUGCCAGGGACUGAACCUGGGGAUCUAUACUUUCUUUUCCAUGAAAAACCGCAAGGAAAUAUGGGAUACAGAAGAAGAGGUGAUAAUUUGUUUAGAACAGAAUAUGUUAGCUUAAGAGAAUCGUUAAAAGGGAAUUGGUCCAGAUCUCUAGCGUUUUUCGAUGAAGAUGAUAAUAUUUUGACAAUAGGUAGAGAAACCGGUGUUACGAUAUUUGAAGGUGAGGUGGAAAUCAUAAAUGGGAAGGGCAUGCCUAAACAAGAUGGUGGGUAUGGUGAUUUAUACAUAGAUUACCAUGUUAUUAUACCAAACAAGCCUUCAUCAUUGUUCAAGGAUAAGGAGUUAUCAUCCAUGUUCCUAGACGAGUUGUAA